AGAAAAAUGGCGAUCUCCAGUGAACGCGUGCAUGAACUGCUCAGGACUUUCCGCGAGUAUUUAAAAGAGAAAGGUUUUGAAAUCUAUCCCUUUAAGGUGGGCUGGUAUAAUGCAGUGCUCACCGCUGCUCAUCAUCUGCAGUAUCCAGCAGACACCCUGGCUGUGCUGGUCAUCAGCACUCCUGCCAUGUUUGAGCGCUCAUUCCUGCCCUUCUUACAGAGCCAGAGCUGCGAGAGCCUCAGAGACCCCAUAGACCAGUGCACGGCACACACACUGUCUGACUGCAUCUCUCUGUGUUUCGCUAAUCAGUCUGUGGAUGUCAGCUAUGAUUAUGAGAUGCUGCCCAGCCGAAAGCCUAAGUUUCUUGCCCAGACUGCAGCCCAUGUGUCAGGAGCAGCAUAUUACUAUCAGAAAUCAGACAUCCACAAUCCUCCAUGGGGAGAGAAGAAGAUGUUUGGAGUUUGUGUCCACCCUCAGCUGGGCGGCUGGUUUGCAAUCCGAGCGCUGCUGGUGUUCAGAGAUGUGCAGGCGGGAGCAGAUUUUCAGCAGAGGGAUCCUGCAGACUGUGUGUGCACACAGGAGGAGCGCAUACGGCUGCUGGAGAGCUUUAACCUCUGCUGGCAGGACUGGAGCUACAGGGACAUCGUGCCAGCAGAGGAGCGCUACUCGGACCAGCAGAAGCAGUAUUUCAUCACUCCUCCAGGACAGCGGAGGGCGCUGCUUAGACAGUGGGGAUACCUGACUGACACGCAGAGCUGAUCAAACAAACUAUUAUUAUAGUCUCAUAUGAUGUAUGACCACACUGGGAACAGUGUAAUUAAUUGCACAAUGGAAAAUAUAUAUUUAUAUAUUUUUAUUUUUUAAUUUAAUAAAAUUGUGGGAGAGUUUUUUA